AUGGACGCUCCUGAAGAAGAGGAUCCAGGAGAAUCCCUGGAAGAAGAAAGCCCAGCCACACCCCCAACUGCUGGCCACACUGAUAACCAGGAAGAAGACAACCAAGAGAACCAGGAUCAAGAGAAGGCAUAUGAACAAACUCAUUACAGAAUAGCUGACCAAAAUGGCCAAAGAGUAUCUGGAGCGCCUGAACCCUUCAUGUCUGACCAAAGUAACCAAAAAGAUUCUGAACACCUGGAGAAUAGCUCAUAUGAUCAGGCUGACCUACAAUCAUCUGAACAGACUGAUGACAAGGCAUACGACCAAGUUGAAAAUGUAGCAGCUGGGGAGACUGAUGGCCAGGUGCCUGGCUUGAUUGAGGAAGGAACUUCUGAACAGACUGAAAGAAGCUCGUCUAGACAGGAGGAGAAAAGAGCUUCUAGACAGGAGGAGAAAAGAGCUUCUGAGCAGGCCGACCGGGCUGAAGGAAGAGCUUCCAUACAGACUGACCACAGAAUGUCCAGCCAGACUGAGGAAAGAACUUAUGAGCAGACUGGCGAUAGAUUGUCCAUACCAUUUGAUCCAAGAACUUCUAAACAGGAGGACAGCCUAGCUGAGAAAACUUCUGAGAAAGUUGAUCAAGUCGAUUAUGUAAAGACCCUCUACAAUAUUGACCACCAAGCCACUGAAGGAGCUGAACAGCAGACUUUUGACCAAGCUGAUCAGCUUAAGGUUGGCAAGGAUGACUACAGUAGACCUGACCAGGCUGAACACCUUAUAGACAAAGAGGCUUACCCUAAAGACUACCAGUAUUCCUAUGGGUCUGAGUACGGAUUAUUACCCCAGUUCAGAGAUGACAAAGAAGCUCAAGACAGACCACAGCCCUGCACAUUUGAGGAUAGCGAAAUAUACCUCAAAUCCGCACUUUCAAGUGAAAUAGAAAAAGGAGGUAUAAGCCCUACGCAAUCCCACUACCCAAUUGAUACCAGAUUCACUGGGCAUUUUCCAACAAAAGACCAAAGUUUUUACCAAAGAUUGCCCUCCAUCUCAACUAAAUCUGAUGACGUCACUCAAGAAAAAUAUGAAUCCGCAGAAUUCAGUCCUGAUGAUUAUUCAGAAUCUGAACAAGAAAAGAGUUCUCAUAUGUCCAAACAAGGUAUAUAUAAAAAGAGAUUGCCUCCUGUAGUUUAUGAAGAUCCUUAUCAAGUUUCACUUCAGUACAUGGAGAAGCACCAGAUUCUGCAAAUAUUCCAGCAGAUCACUGAAAACUUAGUCUAUGAAAAGCCAGAGGACCCCCUGAGUUUUAUGCUGUUUCAGGAUCUCCACUGUAUUCCUGCCCUGGACCUGGGCAUCCCACUGGCAUUGCUGACACCUCUGGGCACUGGAGCCAUUGCUUACAUCUUAGUUCUUGAUUUCUGGUGGGUGAAUGGCUGCAGCCAUCACAGGGAGCACCAGAAAUCCAGAGCAGGGAUGGCCAGUAGAACUUUCCAUGAUGAUGGAAAUGCUGUAGGCAACAGCUACUAA